AUGAUGUUUACUUUUCGUGACAGCUGUUCUUCUAUGUCAUGGACGCUAGUCCUGGAAAUUUUGGCUAAAUAUCCACAAGUCAAAGAGCUUAUGGGUUCGGAUCACCGCGUGGCCUAUUACAUCACCUUGGAAGUAUUGUUUCAGCUUGCAAUGGCCAGCAUAAUUUCCGUCUAUCAGCCUGGUUGGUUCUUAUGGCUGUUGCUGACAUACUUCAUUGGAGGCACCAUCAACCAUUCCCUGGGCUGCGCCAUACACGAGGUAGGACAUAAUCUGGCCUUUGGGCACAAGCACGGAACGGCCAAUCGUGUUUUGUCCCUCUGGUGUAACUUACCGAUGGCUGUUCCACUGGCAAUUUCAUACAAAAAAUACCACCAGGCCCAUCACAGAUGGCUUGGCCAUGAAGAUUCCGAUGCCGAUAUGCCGCUGCGCAUCGAAGCAAAACUGUUCGAUCGUCCUUUCAGUAGGUUUAUCUGGAUUUGCCUGCAUCCUUUGCUUUACGCGUUCCGUCCCUUCAUCAAACUGCCACGACCGCUUACCGUGUGGGAGGUGAUCAACUUUGUGAUCCAGAUCGCUUUCGACCUACUCGUGCUGCACGUGCUUGGUUUCAAAGCACUGGCCUACUUUGCGAUCGGCACUCUGCUUGGCCUCGGACCACACCCAAUGACAGGGCACUUCAUUAGUGAGCACUAUUUGUUUGCGGAUCAACAGGCCACCCAUUCGUACUAUGGGCCUUGGAACCCACUGAUUUAUAAUUUGGGCUACCACGUGGAACACCAUGACUUUCCCUACAUUCCAUUCACCCGCUUGCCCAAAUUGCACGAAAUCGCCCCGGAAUACUAUGCCAACUUGCCUUACCACAAUUCCCUUACAAAGGUAAGAAGGUGGAGCUUUCUCUGGUAUGUGUGUUUCACUUGUAUGAUUCACGAAUACUGCCGCUGUUCAAACAAGCUUCGGCGUAUUGGUUUCACGAAACAGGGUAAAGUUAACAGCGAGUUUAAGCUCACACCUAAUCUGACUCACUCGGGAAGCUGAGAAGCUGUUCCAUUCAAUGCCCUCGUUUCUAACACCAGUCCCUAUAUUUGGUGAUUCAGCCGAUUUUGUCACUUUGUCUCUUUAACCAUUUUAUUUCUCCUUUCGUCCUCUUCCACUAUCCUCAACUUUCGUCGUCAUUGUGAAUGGCCUCGGCAUCCCAUAUCUCCUCACAUCAUCUUUUGGAACACAGUCAACAAACUAAAUUUCUGUGAAGCUGGUCCCGUAAAUGUACCCAAUCUCACCACAUCAUGAAGAGCUCACUUUUUGGCUUCUUGCAGCUACUAUUAUACCUCUACAACUACAUCAAAUAACUGCGUAGAAAUUUUGUGUCUUUUGUACGUGUUUCCUGAUUCAACAGCGUUACAUUUUCCGGGUACGCAUACCCCACCUAUCCAACAGGUCCCAAUACUUCGUUGAUUCAUGUUCUCUUACCAGAUACAAUUCAUAUCAUAAUCCCCGAAAAAAGCUACGUGGACAAACUCGUAAUAAUUACACCUACCACAGCGCUCUUUUCAUGUACUGUCACCAUGAUGUCCAUUAGAAAGGGUAGUUGGCCAGUGACGGUUGGACAGAUUGACAGUUCUAUUCAGUUUUUAUUCUCGCCCUGUGAUAUUUUUGUUAUCCGUGGCGUCUGGAAACACGCGGUUGCAGAAUGAAGAAAGCGAUCUACGUCCUCACAGUUUCUUGUCAAAUUUGUUCAUCGGGAAGCUUCACACAGAUUGGCAUUCUCAGGGUAGCAUUAAUGAUAUGUCGUAGUCCUUGUCUGCUUUCACUGUCCUUGUUUGCCACAAAACUUUCCAAAUUUCCAAUUCGUUGUUCACUUUAGGUAUUGUGGGAUUUCAUAUUUC